CCUUUCAUCACAUGCUGCUGGAGAGGUUCACAGGGUGCGGAGGCGGUUUUAACAGCUGAGAAGAGACUCAAGCUCCCUGUCGACUCUUCCUCUAAUGAGCGAUCGACCGCUCCUGCCCCCCAUGGCCUUUAUAACCCCAGAAGAGAUCCGUAAGUUCCACAAAGAUGGCUUCCUGGUUCUAGAAGAGUUUUUCUCCUCGGACGAAUGUGAUGCCAUGAGAGCCCAGAUCCAGAGGAUCAUUGCUGGAAUGGACGUGCCGCUCUCCUGCCGCACGGAGUUUUCCACCAAGCAAGAGGAGCAGCUCCAGGCACAGGGCAGUGCAGAAUAUUUCCUAACUAGCGGAGACCAAAUCCGGUUCUUCUUUGAAAAAGGUGUCUUUGAUGAGAAAGGGGAUUUUCUUAUUCCAAAGGAAAAAUCUAUCAACAAGAUUGGCCAUGCCCUGCACGCCUAUGACCCCAUCUUCAAGAAAAUCACCCAUGCCCCAAAAGUGCAGGCCCUGGCAAGAAAAAUUGGCUUUCAGGAUCCUGUGGUGGUGCAGAGUAUGUACAUCUUCAAGCAACCCGGCAUUGGUGGUGAAGUGACGCCCCACCAGGAUGCGACUUUUCUGCAUACCGAGCCUUUGGGCAGGGUUGUGGGUCUCUGGAUCGCUCUGGAAAACGCCACGCAGGACAACGGUUGCUUGUGGUUCAUUCCAUGUUCUCACACAAGUGGGGUCACACGGCGGAUGGUGCGGGCUCCGCCGGGCACCAUACCCUGCACCCAGUUCGUUGGCUCCGAGCAGGUGUACGAUGACAGCCUGUUCCUUCCUGCACCGGUCGGAAAAGGUGGCCUGAUCCUCAUCCAUGGCCAGGUGGUCCAUAAAAGCGAACCAAACCGCUCGGAACGGUCUCGCCAUGUAUAUACCUUUCACUUGAUGGAGGCCAAAGAGACGGUUUGGAGCAAAGAGAACUGGCUUCAGCCAACCUCCAGACUGCCCUUCCCACCUCUCUACACAGAGAACUAAGAGGCAGGUCGUGAUGGCUGGUCCACCAGCACAGCAGCCAGGCACGUUGGAUCCAGUUUUCUCCUCCUGAAAAUCUCUGCUUCUGGCAUUUUUUCCCCCCUGGGACUCAAAGGGCCCAAGUCUAUGGAGGAUGCUACUUCAGGCUUGUAACCACAGCUGCAUAGAACAUUACUCUGCAAGGCUACCAACUAUAUUGAGAGUGCUGAAUAAAGCCUUCCUGGAAAUAUC